GUUGCGCAAAUACAGUGGGCAACAAUUUACCGUCGUCACCGAUAAUCCAGACGCAGCGAAUUCUCGCACGCACCACGACAUGGCUACACGGACGUAGCGAUUCCUCAGCACAAGCGCACUGGUGAACUCCGCCACCAUCACCACCACCACAGGGCUGGAUGGUGAAGAUUCGCGCUGCGAGUCAACCGCCUGGAAGUCGUGUUUUGUGAAACCCUCGUUGCACCUUGAGGGCCAUUGCUGUUGGAUUCGUGUAGCGGAUCGAGAUUAGGGUUGGUGGUGAUGGGGCAGUUGAACAGAGAUUGGAGCUCGGGUGUCGGUCUUCGAGCGGCGUUGUGUGUGUUCGCGGUGGUGUUGGUUGCAGCAGCGGGAGCGGAGUCGAACGAGGACCGUGUCGCAGAUCUGUUGUACAUGCGAUCGCAGUCGAAGGAUGGCGUUAUUCGGUUGGACGAUAACAACUUCCGCCGGUUUAUGUCGACGACCUCCGGACCGCGCCCGUACUCGCUGAUCCUGUUUUUCGACGCCAGCCAAUUGCACGCUAACACGGAGCUUAAGUUGGUGGAGUUUAGAAAGGAAUUUGGGUUGGUCGCCACGGCGUAUGCGAAUCACAACAAAGGGACGGAGGCGGAGGGGAAAGUGUUUUUCUGUGACCUGGAAUUCAAGCAUAUGCAGGGUGUGUUUCAGAUGUUUGGGGUGCAAUCGCUGCCCCAUGUUAGGUCAGUGGCGUCGGGGAGCGGGGACCAGAAGGCGAGCGAGGAGAUGAACCAUGGCGAGUAUCCUCGCACUGCAGAAGGUAUCGCAUCCUUCGUCAUGGCCAAAACUAACCAGCAAUGUGGUCCCAUCGCGCGGCCUCCUCCUCUUUCAAAGCGCCAAACCUGGGCCCUCGCGAUCUUGGUGCUGCUUGCUACUCCCUUUGCUGUGAAGAUAAUGGCUGCUCCUGAUUCCCCAUUACGGGAGCCUAGGGUUUGGUGUGGGGGCGCUUUGCUGAUCUACUUCUUCAGUGUCUCUGGUGGCAUGCACAACAUCAUCCGCAAAAUGCCUCUCUUCAUGCAGGACCGCGCUAACCCUGACAAGCUAGUGUUCUUCUAUCAGGGCUCUGGGGUGCAACUUGGAGCCGAGGGGUUUGUUGUGGGCUUUCUGUACACAUUGGUGGGAUUGUUGAUAGGUUUCGUGACCCACCUUGCUCCACUGAUUCGUUCCAAAAUUUUGCAACGGCUCUUGAUGAUCACCGUCAUUACCAUUAGUUUUAUGGCUGUGAGGAAGGUUAUAGCUCUUGAUAACUGGAAAACAGGUUACUGGAUCCAUGCGUUCUGGCCGACUCGGUGGACGUAGAGUUUUUUGCUCAAUAGAAAUUCAGAGCCCAGUGCUUAGUGCACUCUUAUCUCAUUAAUCUCCGCUAAGGAGGGUCUGUGCACUUCUGGCAUUUUCUGGUGCUCUUAGUACAAAUUACAUUGUCACCCUAAGCAAUGAGUUUCAUGUUUGUAUUGGUUGAAUUGCCGCCUUAUUUCAA